ACCACAAUGCUAUGCUGACAGACACUCACAAACACCUUACCACUCUCAGACAUAGAGCUUGGGGCAGCGAUGGGGUAGAUCAGACACACCUGUCUGUGGAUGGGACACACCUGCCACCUGUCUGUGGAUGGGACACACCUGUCACCUGUCUGUGGAUGUCAUGGAUCUCCAUCUCACCCCGAGGGUAGUCUGUGUCUGGCUCUGGAUCAUAGCAGGCUGGGUGAACGUACUGGGGCAUGGGAUAAUAGAUGAGGCUGUCCCUCACCUGUCAAAGAAAGAUGUGUUGUUGUUGGCUGGUGAUGCAGAUCCAAAGUGUUUUACCAGGACACAGUAUGACUUCACCUGUUUCUGGGAGACACCAGGCAACACAGCUUAUGACUUCUUCUACAGGAAUGAUAAUGAGGAAAAGGAGAAGCGGUGUAAACUGACUCUCCAGAGGACAGAGAAGGGGGAGGAAGAGGAGGAGAAGGUUCUCCACAUCUGCUUCUUCCCUUGCUCUGACGUCUUCCUGUUCACGCUCACACACAUCAGAGUGGUGGAGAGCAGCUCCAACUACACACUUUUCACACGCACCAUCAGCGUUGAGGACCAGGGUCUCCUGGAACCCCCUGUGAAUGUAUCCCUUCACCAAACAGGGCAAGCUGGGCAGUUGCAGGUGUCUUGGCAUGCACCAAGAGAUUGGGAGAACAAUGUGCAUUAUGGGAUGCAUUACUCCUCCCAGGGACUAGGGGAGAGGACAGAACUGAUAAAGUACACGAGGUCCCCCAUUCACAGCCUGGUUUCUCUGCUGCCAGGGGAGGUGGUCAGCAUCCAGCUGAGGGUAAAACCCAAUGGCUACAGUGAGACAGAGACCAGCGGUCACUGGAGCGACUGGUCGGUCCCCAUCACUGCCAUGGUACCUCAGAGCGCAGCUGAUAUCUCAUUGUUGUGUCAUACCUCUGACCUGCAAAACAUCACCUGCCAAUGGAAUGGGCAGUCCUAUAGAGAUGCUACCUACACCUUAAACUACAAGCUGGGACCCAGUAAAAGGGAGGGUUGGAGAAAGUGUCUGCAGAAUGAGAACACCUCCUACCACUGCCAUUUCCAUGGAGCGGAGUCCAGCGAGAUACUGGUUAAACUCAGUACUGGUCCUGGUUCUCUCAAACGGACCUUCUACACUGAACCCUUCAGACUCAACAACAGCAUUCAAACAGGCCCUCCAGGGAGGCUGAGGGGGAAGUGGGAGGGGGGCAGGCUGCGUCUAAGAUGGGGCACACCCCAACUGGCUCUGUCUCUCCACCUGAUGUACCAGCUCCGCUACCAGCCUCAAGGGGAGGCCGUCUGGAAGGUACAGAGCCUACCUACAGAGCCCACCUGUUCUGUGCUGGUGACCCUGCAGGUUUCUGAGAACAGUAUUUGUCUGGACGUUCAGACUGGCAGUCAGUACUUUAUCCAGGUCAGAGCCAGGCCCAACGGGUCAGUCUACGCUGGCUACUGGAGCGACUGGUCACCCCCACUUACUGUGGACACACCUUCAGAUAUAGCAGGGGCCCUCUUCAUCAUCUGCAUUCCUCUCAUGAUGCUCAUCCUAUCAGUUGUGUUCCUCUCAUUGAUCUCCAGGUAUCUCAGUAAGCUCAAACGGUAUCUGUGGCCACCAAUCCCAAAACUUGACAAAGUACUGCACGGCUUCCUGACAGACAUCAACGGCCAGACUUGGGACCCUCCCUUCAUCAUCAAGCAAUAUUCUGAGGAGACCCCAGCCUCUGUGGUGGAGAUUAUGUCUGAGAGGGAGGCUCCAGAUGGAGGGAAGCUUCCCAGGGAGUCCUCCUUACUACUCUCCCCAGACCGAGGCUCCGCUGGCGGGGAGGAGGAAAGGCUCUCCACCCUGGCCCUGGAGCUCAGCCAAGACUACGUGACCCUGGCCACAGAUGACGUCAUCCUCUGUCUCCGAGGGAACAAGUAUGUGUAUGACGGGGAGGUGGGGGCAGAGUCUCGAGGCCUGGGGGAAGAUGAGGUUCUCCAGAUGAGGUGUCACUGCUCCUCCAACUUCCCAUCAUCCUCCAGUACCACGGACAUCCUCAACCGCUCCUACAUGCUGCUGGCCGAACAGCCUAUAGAGAGACUGGACUGUCAGGACAGCAGCAGGGCCUGCAAGCUCUAUGCCAACCUGAAGGGAACAAACUCAGCUAAUGCAAACACCUGAUUGGCACAGCUCAACAAAGGCACACAAACUGGACAGUUACAAAACAUCAAAACAAUAUCCAUUACAUCACUACCAAAACAUGUCCUUGCAUACAGCUUAUUAAAGAUGUAUUUUAUGACUAAUGGGUUAAUAUAUCAAGUGCUCCCAAAUGUGGAUGAACGGAUAUGGAUUGUUAUGUUGCACGGUCAUACUAUAUACUGUAAAUAUAUAUAUUUAACUUGUCACAUAUCUGUCUGUAUAUAAGGUAUAUACUGUACAGUGCAUUCAGAAUGUAUUUAGACCCCUUGAUUAUUCCAAUUUUUUUUACGUUUCAGACUUAUUCUAAAAUGGAUUACAACUUCUUCAGGAUCGGUGUUGAGCUAACGUAGGCUAAAGGUCGUAAGAAACAAACAAAAAAUCCCAGGACAUAGACAUGUCUGAUAUGGGCGAAGUUUAAAUUCUUGUUAAUCUAACAGCACUGUCCAAUUUACAGUAGCUAUUCGGGUGAAAAAAUACCAUGCUAUUGUUUGAGGAUACAAUUAUGAAAAUGUAUGAAUAAACCAAUUAGGCACAUUUGGGCAGUCUUGAUACAACAUUUUGAAUAGAUAUGCAAUAUUUCACUGGAUCACUCUAAAACUUUGCAUUUACCGUGCUGCCAUCUAGUGGCCAAAGUCUAAAUAACACCUCGUCUGGAAUAAUACAUUAUUAUGCCCUUCCUCUUGCAUUUAAAAAUAUCUAUUACCAGAUCUCAUGUAUUAUAUUCUCCUACAUUCAUUUCACAUUUCCACAAACUUCAAAGUGUUUCCUUUCAAAUGGUAUCACGAAUGUGCAUAUCCUUGCUUCAGGGCCUGAGCUACAGGCAGUUAGAUUUUGGUAUGUAAUUUUAGGCAAAAAUGUAGGUUUUUAAAUAAUAAAAAUAUCCUCAAUUUACAAUCCGUACCCAAUAAUGACAAAGCAAAAACAGGUUUUUAGAAAUGUUUGCAAAUGUAUUAAAAUUAAAAAACUGAAAUAUCA